GAAGAAGAAGAAGAAAAAGGGCUAGAAUGAAGAGCAAAAGCAAGUUAACAAAAAACAUCAUUACUCCACUUCUCAUUGUAUUGUUUAUUCUGGCUGGACCCAAAUCCAUCGACGCUCAAGAAGUCGAUGAUGAAAGGGAGUUUGAGUACGCAGCAAACAGCGACAUGGGUCCGGGGAAAUGGGGACAGAUCAAGAAAGAAUGGGCGGCUUGCAAUAACGGCAGUUUGCAGUCUCCGAUAGACAUGUCCAACGAGAGAGUUCGGAUAAUUUCCAGGUCGGAGAAGAGGACUUACAGAGCUGCUAAUGCAACUGUCAGGAACAGAGGUCAUGAUAUACAAAUGCAAUGGUUCGGUGAUGCUGGAUCAAUUUUCAUCAACGGGACGGAGUACCCCCUCCGGAAUGCCCAUUGGCACUCUCCGUCUGAACAUACUAUCAACGGCAGAAGGUACGAUCUGGAGUUACAUUUGGUGCACCUAAACACGGACCCAAAUGUGAAAAACAAGAUUGCUGUUAUUGGAGUCUUCUACAAGAUCGGCAAACCCAACCAAUUUCUCUCAAAGUUAAUGACGAAUAUACGGAGCAUGAUCGAUAAGAAAGAUGAGGAGAAAAUCUUGGGAAUGAUUGAUCCAGAAGACAUUAAAAUACGCAGCAAAAGGUACUACAGAUACAUGGGAUCACUCACUGUUCCUCCUUGCACAGAAGGAGUCAUUUGGACAAUCAACAAAAAGGUGAAGACUGUCUCGAGGGACCAAGUUAAGUUACUCAGAGAAGCCGUCCAUGAUUAUGCCGAGGAAAAUGCAAGGCCCUUGCAACCGAAGCACAAUAGAGAUGUAUACCUCUACGAAGCUGGCAAUACGAAUUGAUAAGGACCUUUUAUGUUCGUUGAUGGCUGCAUUAAGCUUAAGACGUCUUUUGAACCUUCAUUAGCCGUUAGUGUGUGUUGUAAUGAGAGUAUAGUCUCCUGAAGAUCUGGAAAUUGGACCAGUGUGCAGAGAUGAUGAGGCACAGACAGACUAAAGUAUUCAUUUGAUUUAUUCUAUGUUGUAAUGGGAAUCCACUGUUUUAGAGUUCACUCUUAGUAAACUACUGUCUCCUUGUAUAAUUUUA